UAUUUUUUAAAUUUUUAGAACUAGAUUUUUAAAUAAAUGAAGAAAAUAAAAAAUAAUGAUUCAAAUGAUCAGUCCAUUGUUAGAUUUUGUCAGUAUCUUAGAAUUAAAUCAAUGCAACCGGAUCCUGAUUAUCCAUCUAUCAUGAAAUUUCUCAAGUCUCAAGCUGAUGAAAUAGGACUAGAGUUCAAAAGCAUGGAGUUUUUUCCCCAAAGACCCAUAGCUAUAAUGACUUUGAAGGGAAAUGACCCGACACUACCUUCCGUGCUCUUGCAUUCGCAUACAGACGUUGUAUCCGUCUUUCCGGAGCAAUGGAAAUACGACCCAUUUGGAGCUGUGAUAGCCGAUAAUGGUAAUAUAUAUGCCAGAGGAUCUCAGGAUAUGAAAGGAACUGGAAUACAAUAUUUGGAAGCCAUCAGAGCGAUCAAAAAAGAUGGAACGACACUUUUGAGGACUAUUCACGUGAUCUAUGUACCAGACGAAGAGAUUGGAGGCCAAAAGGGAAUGGAUGCUUUGGCACAAUCUCAAUAUUUCAAGGAUUUGAAGGUGUGCGUCGUUUUGGGGGAAGGACGAGCCUCCCCGACACAAGAAUUCUACGUGCAUUACGCCGAAAGGGCUGUGAGAACUGUGCUAGUUACGAUAACGGGUAGCUCGGGACACGCAUCCAGAUUCAUCGAAAAUUCGGCCGUUUCGAAAUUCCAAAAAUUACUCAUUUCUUGUAUGGAGUAUCGCGAGCAAGAACGUAAAAGAUUGAUAACGGAUUCCGAGUUGACUUUAGGAGACGUAACCACUAUCAAUCUGACUCAAUUAAAAGCUGGAGUUGCGUUUAACGUGGUACCUUCCGAAAUAUAUUGCACUUUCGAUAUGCGUGUGACCCCGAGAGUUGAUUUGAGCGAUUUCGAAAAUUUGUGGAAAUCUUGGGUAGAUGCGGCGGGCGAUGGAAUAACUUACAAAUUUCACCAGCGAUCCUGUAAACCUAUUAUGUCCUCUAUUGAACCCGGAUUCGUUUGGUGGGAUGCUAUUUCUCGCGUUGCCAAGAAAAUGGACUUGGCUCUUAAGCCCUGCAUAACCGGUGGAGCUACUGAUAGCCGAUUUUUAAGAGAAUUAGAUAUUCCAUGUUAUGGUAUAUCGUUGUUUAAUGACACUCCCAUGCUUGCCCACGAUAAUGACGAAUGCGUUAAUAAAGGCACGUAUCUUAACGGUAUCGAGAUAUACAAAAACUUACUACAGUCUUUAGCAAAUACUCCUCUGAUUAAAAUUUAAACUUUAACACUUCGAUUGUUAUUUAUAACGAAUUCCCUGGGUGUUUUAAUAUAUCUGAAAAAUAGUCCGGUGGAAUAUAAUUAUGGUGAAAUUUUAUCGAUAUGCGGAAUAACCUAUUUUUUUAAAAACCUUAUAUUUAUAUUAUAAAUCAAAUAUAUUUUUAAUAUAUUAUUUUAAACUUUUAUUUACAUUUUGUUACUUCAUUGUUCAAUAAAUAUUUUAAAAAGUUUGAUUCUUUAUGAACCAUGGAAUUGUGUUUAUUAAUUUGACUAAUAUAAUAUUUUAUAGUAUUCUAAGGCAGAUCAUAACUUACAAUAUAUAUCUAAUCAAAUCUUAAUUAACAAUCUAUAUUUUAUUUUAUUCCCUAUUAUUGUUAAUUUUUUUUAUUGGUAGCAAAUUCGCUUACCCCAUAUUUUACAUUUUGCUCAUUAUGUCUAAUAUUUUUUUAUGUUGUUGGAAUCAAUCAUUAAUUCCAUAACAAUUGUAAAUCAAUUUAUAAAAUUAUAUGUAUAAUAUUAUUAUAAUUCUAAAUUAU